CGAAUAAACAAAGUUGAUAACAGCGGCAACACGCAAUCGCCGGAAUCCGAACAGCAGUAUUCAAUCGCAACCGGUGGUGACCGGUAGUUAGAUCAGUAUAUGUGUAUAUUGAAAGUGCAUGUGUAUAAUUUUUAGGGGUCACACUUAUACUUCGAUCUCUGUGCACCAUUAUUCUACAGACCUUCUUAUUGAACCGGUGUUAUUUUGAUUUGUCGUUAAUUUUGGUAAAUUUGCCUCGUGGAAUAUGCAGUCUGUCCGAAAAACAACCACUUGGUUUGCACCUGCCGGAAUGAGAUUCGCUCGCAUGUGCAGCCCUGGUGGCGAGAUGGGAUCUGGUGCUGGAAAGGGUGGCGGCGGUGGUGGUUCUAUCCGUGAUGCUGGUGGAGCAUUUGGCAAGAUGGAGGUCGCCCACGAGGAAGAGUAUUUCUACAAGCAGCGUAAGGACCAAUUGCACAAGCUGAAGGAGAAAAUAAUCAAGCAAGAUCAAUUUCACGAGGAGUCGAUUAAGCAACAUGAAGACGCCAUAGCACGUCACAAGAAAGCUAUUGAUGAAUUGAAGAAAUCCCAUUGAAAGCGGGCCAUAGAGAACUGGAGAGAUACUUAAUAUCAAUAAUUUUCGAAAAACGCGCCUGUUAUACAUAUUCAUACAGUAAUAAAGAGUCAAUAGGACAUUGAAGCUUAAUAAGCUGAAAGUUUGAUAACAA